AUGGAGCUUAGCGUGAGACUACCGAGCGACGUCUUUGUGCUUCCCAGCCCACUGUAUGGUGCUGCAGACAGUAGCGAUGCUUUCGACACGCCUCCCGCUUACGUCGCUUCAUCCUCCUCCACGCCAUCAGCCUCUUCAUCUUCCCACUACACGCUAGCAACGUAUAUCCAACUCAAAGUCCCAUCAUUGGCAUCGGGAUCCUAUGGCUUGGCAUCGCUGUGUGCCAAGUUGGUAGCCAGCGAGUCGCUCAUGUACAACAACGGUGGAUUCGAGCAGAGCUUUCCCAUCGAACUCACCUCCAACACCCUUCGACAACCCUGCACACUGCAGCCUGGACAUACGUACGACUUUGUAGCCCACAUUGCAUGUCCUCGCAACCUGCCUCCCAGCGUUCAACUCCAAGACGCUCGCCUGAGAUACAAAGUUCGUGCCACCGCCAAGAUCACCCCAACAAAGGGCCGGUUUGGAUUGGCGAAGACGCUUACAGCCGAGAGGGAGGUGACUGUGGCUCAGGCUGCUCCCGAAGAGGCGUUUGACUUUUCGCAUGUCAAGUACGUCUCGAUCGACGGGCUCGGCUCAACAUGCAUCUCGGUCCCUCCCUCCCCCUGCAAGAUCGGCGAACCCACACAGCUAUGCCUCACACUCCCGAAUCAACAAGCAAGAGACAGUAUCGAAGAUGUACAGAUGGAGCUCGUCCAACAGACCCAAAUCUGCAAAAGGUCAAGAUCAUCUACAUACACGCAGACCAAACCUACCCUCGCCUCGAAGCUGCAUACACAACAACCACCCACCCAGAACGAGGUCACUUCUGAAAAGGGCGGCAGUGCGCAGGAUAACGUCUUGGAAGCCCAGUUCAGCAUCCCAACAGACGCUCAACCCUCGACACUCGUCGGCAGCACAGCCGUGAUCAAUGUCUCGCAUCGCAUGCAGAUGUCCAUCAACUUCAAGCACACCCCGCACAAGUUUGUAUGCUCCUGGCCCGUCACCCUCGCCCAUCCACACGCAGUACGCAGCUCCACAAUCGACCCCCUCCCACCCUACUCCAAACACACCCUUCCCACACACCUCCCCCUUCCCUCAUUGCAAACUCUGUAA